AUGAAAGCUCCAACUGAAUCGCUAUCAGAUGAUUGUAAAAGCUCAACACGCACUUGUACAACUUGGUGUUCGCUAUCAGAUCUCGGUGUGAACGAUUUACGGGAGUUGCUCGCGGCUCACGUACCCACCGCCGAACGAUUUAAUAAGCUCCGUGAUAUAGUGAGUACCGCGCCUCCGGGGAAAUCACAUUAUUCUCCACUUGGAUACCUACUUGUAAUAGAAAAGUUUGAUGAAGUUUUGAGCACAAGAAAAAAUUAA